UUGAGUUUUUUUAAAUCAGACAAAUUGAGAUCUCUGCUUAAGAAGUACGUAUAAAAGGAAAUGCCAACAACCCGCCUGGGGAAGGAAGGGUCAGAACAGAUGCGUCAAAAAAGGGGAACAGAAGAGACACAAGCUUGGAGACAUUGGUUGGAGAAUGUAGGAUUCUAACCCAUACAUUCACAUGCUGGUUUUAUUUUGACUAGUUUUUAGAAACAGGAGCCACAUCCAGGAAGAGACCAAAUGUAGCUGUACAUAACCUGGAGUACAACAGGUGUUUUGUGUGAAAUUGUCAUCUGUCACUUGGCAAGCAUCAGGAAUCUGUGAGCACAACACACCCAGUUGACAAACGGGGCCCUCCCUCACAUGUUUGUCUAGCCUCGGGUCUAUAUGGCUAGCCAUAUCAAGGAAGCUGUGGCAUUAGAAAGCUGGUGGUGGCUUUAACAGAUGUGGCUUUGCUGAAGAAAAUCUGUGAGAAAGAGGCAGUUCCCGGUGACAUUCACGUGCUGGAUAGCUAGGAGCAGCACUUACUGGGUGUGAGAAAAUGGGGCAAAAGGCUUCACAGCAGGUAGCUCCAAAGGACAACCAGGAGGUUCUUGCCAUGUGUGAGGUGGUCAGUGCGGCUAUUUCCCACGCAGCACAGAAGCUGAAGGAGUACCUCGGGUUUGAGUAUCCACUGAGCAGACUCUGCCUUGCAGCGAGUUCACUGACUGAGGUCUUCCUUGUCCACUUCGUUACCUUCUGCCAGGAAAGGGGAGCGGAUGAGUGGCUCACCACCACCAAGAUGACCAAGCACCAGGCCUGGCUGUUUGGAGCAGACUGGAUUUGGACCUUCUGGGGACCUGAUAAGCAAAUACGGCUUCAGGUGGCAGUGCAGACUCUGAGGAUGGCUUCGCUCCCUCUGACGGACCCAAAAUCCUGUGAGUCAAGGGGAGAGGAGUCUUGGAAAAAAGGCAGAUUUGACAAGCUGGAAGAGUUCUGUAACUUGGUAGGAGAGGACUGCCUGGGUCUGGUUAUCAUCUUCGGUGUGCCUGGAGAACCUAAGGCCAUCAGAGGCGUUGUCCUGGAGAAUGUCAGAAACGGGAUGAUGGAGAGCCAGCUGCCAGGACGCAAGGCUGUGGAGCAGUUUGUGCUGGAAACAAAGGAUUGUGUCUCCAUCAAAGAGCUGCUAGGGAACUGUCUGAGUAAAAGAGAUGGGCUGAGUGACAUGGGCAGGGUUUACAUCCGCAUCCUCUAAACUGGGCACGUUGCUGUGACUGGCCUGUGAGACAGAACAGGAGGACAAUUCCCCAACACAGGGCUAUCCACCCCCUACAUUGACCGAAAGUGAUCAUCUGGGUUAAAACUUGCUGGUGUCACAGUUACGGAAAA